AUGCGGAUCACCACAACAUGUAUCGUUUUUAAUGCUCUCGUGACGCUGCUACCGCGACGCAAUAAUAGUAUAUUUAAAGCCAGGUCAUCUAAUCCCACUUGCCGAACGAUAGAAAUACUCUCCGUCCCUGUUUUUGGAGGGCUAGAAGCUUAG